CUUUUCCUCCCCCGCCUCCGCCCAGCGGCUAGUAUUCUCCUCCUAAUCGUCACCAAUGCUCCAGAGUAACCAUGGAAAUGAGCAGUUGUCCCCCAGGGAUAGAUGUCAUCAGGACUUCUACAAAACUCUUCCUCUCUUAUUCUUUUCUCCUUUGCUAUGUCCGACGAGAUCGAGUCCGAACCCAGCAGUGUUGACGCUCUCGCCAGCCCGGGAUAGCCACUCUUCGCAUGGUCUGUUCAGGAUUCGCAGAAGGGACGAUUGGCAGGCAUUGCAGGUCGUAUACAUGCGUGAUUUGAUGUCCAAUUCCUCUCCUUAUUCUCCUGACCUGAACAAGCCAAUCGACUAUGUUUCUAUCUAUCCUCCAGACACGAAUCAUCCGGGCGGUUCUGCUUCUAUUCGGUGCGAUCGCCAUCAUCCUAAACUUAUCGCCGACCCACUAUGUGCAAGUGAUAGCACAGACACAGUCUGUUGAAAAGCCCGCCCCUUUGCAUCUUAUCAGCAAUGAAAUAUUAGGGACCGCAAAAAUAUACGUGGUUAACCUGCCUACCCGAUCCGACAAGAGGGAUAACAUCGCUCUGGGCUCGUCAGUGAGCGGUUUCCGCGUGGAAUGGCUCCAUGGAGUCACGCCGGACCAAGUCAACCCCAAAUCCAUUCCACAUAAUUGGAAUCCAGACCACAAGCCCACAGAAUAUGCGGCUCGACGUGCACAUGUCAAUGCAAUGCAGCAAAUUGUUCAAGGGAGACUCGGGAGCGCCAUCGUCAUGGAGGACGACGUCGACUGGGACGUGACCAUCAAAACCCAGCUUCAAGGCUACGCGCUCGCCGUACGAGCGCUCCAAGGGUCAGAAGGCAUAUCUACCGGAUCCCCCUACGGCGAUGACUGGGACAUUCUCUGGCUCGGUCACUGCGGGCUGAGUUACAGCGCUGAACGGCCGUUCUUCCUGUCGCAACCGGAUCCGACGGUUCUGCCACCCCAUCACUUUUUACCCUACUGGCGCGAUCCACCCCCCAUCGACCGGCCGGACCACACGCGGCUGGUCUGCAGCGUGGCCGAUGCGGUCUGCUCCAUGGUCUACGCGGUGAGCUACCACGGUGCUCAGAAGAUUCUGGCGGCGCUGUCCGUGAACCCGGGGCACCUGGCUGAACAAAUCGACAUUGGGGCUCAGUUCGACGUGUCUCUGGGUCGGCUGUGCGGGCAUGGAUAUCUGCGCUGCUUCGGCGCGUAUCCGUCGUUGACGGGGGGGUUCCAGCCCGCCGGGCCGUUGUCAAAAACCUCCGAUAUCCAUGACCAGAACCAAGAUGUGCAUGCGGCUUACAGCUAUGGGGUAAUGUAUAGUACCAUGUUGAAUAUUCACCGGCUUCUGAGCAAGGAGAAGACAGUGCACGCGACGUGGGAGGAUGUAGGUGUGCCCCUGGAUGUUGACCCGGCAAACUUCACGGUGCUCGGAGGGUCGGUUGCAGUGGCGCGGGAGCAGGGACGUGUGCAUAAGAUUGUGGAUGUUUCUGCAGAUUAGGGGUGAUUCUUAUUUCACUGUUACCACGCUUGGUUGGAUCGUUUCUUAUUCAUUAUGUAUAGAUAGCACAAAACAACCACCGAGCCCUAAUCCCACCUAAUGUUGCGGCUUG